AUGUCGCACUGUGAUUGUAUGGAAUUGGUAUGCUUCACAAUUGGAGCAUUAGUCCUUUUGAAAUGGGCAUGGAGAGGAUUAGUAUUAAUCAGAAAUCUCUUCCUAGGCACAAAGGUAACUCCACAGAGAUAUGGAGAAAAUUCCUGGGCUGUAGUUACUGGCAGUACUGAUGGAAUCGGUAAGGCUCUUGCUCUAGAAUUAGCCAAGAGAGGAUUCAACAUUGUUCUGAUAGCCAGAAACUCUGAGAAAUUAGCUGCUGUGGCUAAGGAUAUUUAGAAUAAGUACGGUAGAGACACUAGAAUGAUUGUGUUUGACUUUAGCAAGGAAACCAGCUUUGCAGCUUACGAACAUAUAGUCAGACUGCUUGAUGAUAUUGAUGUAUCUAUCUUAAUCAAUAAUGUUGGUAUGUCAAACAAACCUGAUGAUCAAGAAAAUCAUUAAUUGAAAGAUGUUCACGCUGAGGUUGUAGUGAACUGCUAUCCUAUUGUGAUUCUCACCAAGCUCUUGGUUGACAGAUUGAAGCUAAGAUACAAGAAAACUGGCAAGAGAUCCUUGAUUCUAAACGUGGCCUCUCAAAUUACAUUCAUCCCAAAUCCAUAUCUUGCUGGGUAUUGCUCGAGCAAAAACUUUGAUGACAAGUUCACUAAAUCACUUUACUAUGAAAUGAAAGGCACUGGUGUAGAUGUUCUUGGAUUGUUACCAGGUGCUGUCUCAACAGGUUUGAACGGAUUUUCAGAAGUUCCCUUUGCAGUUAUAGGUGUUUAAUCUUGUGCCACAGGUACUCUCAAUAACGCUACAAGCUUUGUGACUUUUGGAGGUUGGGUUCAUGAGAUUCAUGGAUUUUUGGUAAAGAAUUUCAUGUUGGACCUUGUCCCAUAGAGCAUAUUGAUCAAACUGACAAGAGGAUUCGCAGAAGGUCUCAAGAAAUCCUGGAAAUUAAAGGUUAAAUGA